CUGCAUUUGUUUGGUCCAGUCACAUGAUGCUGGCCCGCGCAAUCCGUAGCCGCUUCGUGAAGCAGUUUAGCACAAACGCCAAGCCUGGCCAUUACAAUGCAUUCGUGUGGGGCGACGGUACAGUCGGUCAACUCGGCCUUGGCCCAGUGGAGAAGUCGGGCGUUGCGCGCAAGUACACGGAACUGGGUCCGCGAUCGAUCGAUGCGUUUCGGGCACUGAAUGCCAACGUGUCCAAGCUGUCUCUUGGCACGACCCACAGCGCUGCAGUUGAUGCGACUGGUCGCGUGUACACGUGGGGGUUCGGGGAAAAAGGCGAGUUGGGGCUAGGCGACAACAUCAAAGAAGUCGACGUGCCGACGUGGGUGGAGCAUUUGGACGGCGUGCAUGUCGUCGACGUGUCGUGCGCUGUCCACCACACCGCGGCCCUGGACAACAAAGGGCGGCUAUUCACAUGGGGGUAUGGCGGCACGUCCAUGUCUGACAGCGCGCUGGGCUUGGGCCCUUCCGAUGGACAGAACGUCACGCUCCCCACGCUCGUCGAAACGUUCAUCGACGAUGGCGUUCGGGUGCAAGCGGUGGACUGCGGCGACUCGCAUACGGUGGCGCUGUCUGCGGACGGCGAGAUCUGGACAUGGGGCCGCGGCGACAACGGCCGACUAGGCAACGGCGAGCUCAUUUCCCUCGACUUUCCCGAGCCACUCGACUUUUUCGACUCGAUGACAUGCGUGGCCAUAGCCGCUGGUCGGUCGUUUUCAUUGGCGCUUCGGGACGACGGUCGAGUGUUUGGCUGGGGCAAGAACAACCACUUCCAGCUGGGUCUUGAAGGCGGCGUGCUCGACAUUAACAACGCCAUGGAGCGCAUUCCCAUUGAAAUUCGCGGCUUUGAAGGGGAAAAGGUGGUCAAGAUUGCGGCGGGUACGGAACACGCGGCCGCCUUGACCGAGACCGGCAAGCUGUUUGUAUGGGGCGCCAACUUGUGGGUCUACCCGAACGAAAUUACGCCGCUCAAGUCCAAGCGCCUCGUGGAUGUGGCCUGCGGAGAUCGGUCGACGUUGGUCGUUGCUGACGACGGCUCGGUGUACUCGUUCGGCAAGCGGGGCAUUGGUCGCUCCAACUACUUGGGCCAUUACGACACAAACCCGCAACCGCAGCCCAAGCAAAUCGACGCGCUGGCCACCCACUUCGUCACGAGUGUAUCCUGCGGAUACCGCCAUUUGGGCGUCCUCGCCAAGGCCGACGGGGGCUCGGUGGACUCGGAUUUUUCCCUGCGCAACUAGGGAUUGAAUAUAUAGUGUGAGUCAAGAACAAUACACUGACGUGCAGUCCAUCAGACUUUAUAGUAUG